UGCAGGCCCGAAACUAACCGACUCGCAGAGUUGAAGAUGGCUGACUGAUGUUAAGCAGCACAGAAAACAGCUCACGCUCCACAGCCGCCUGAACAAACGGAGAAGAAAUGAAAUUUAAAUAAAAGGAAAGAACAGUUUUGGACAGAAAGUCUCCUCGUCUCAUCUCAGCACAGAAACAGUUCAGUUUCCACCAGUCUGGAGCGAGCAGGAAUGUGAAAAGUCCUCAUCACUCCACUUCCAUUUCAACAUGAGUACCACCCCAAAACCAACACCAUACUCAACUCACCAUAAUGUAUCAUUCAAGACAGAACUGUCUGAGAAAGUUCACCCCGCCACCAUCAUCCCCACCAACAACACCUACACUAACACCACCAUCGAUCCAGCAGCUGCCGCUGCUGAAGACUUCAUCAAUGACGUGCUGGACAAGAUUCCCUUGCCUCGAUGGGCGAUCUACACCAUCGCUGCGAGUGGUGCUCUGCUGAUUCUGAUCUGCUGUCUGUGCAUCUGCGUGAAGUGUUGCUGCAAAGACAAGAAGAAGCGAAAUCGGAAGGAUGACAAGAUCAAAAUGUUGGGGGUGAAUGGGACCACCACCACAGCUCUGGAAGCUGUUUGCGAAGAAGAAGCUGUAAAAAGCCACUCUACGCUAGCAAACAGCAUACAGAAACAGUCAAGAGAGCAGCUGGUUCAGCCAGAUGUGGGAGAUGUGGAAUACGGCUCUACCAAACAGCAGAGAGGGAAGCUGCUCUACUCUCUGGAGUACAACGCCGCUCUGUCUGAGCUCACAGUUGGGAUUAAACAAGCCAAUGGUUUGAAGGCCAUGGACGUGGGAGGAAGCUCGGACCCAUACAUCAAAGUCUACAUCUGCCCCGAAAAAUCCAAAACCUGUGAGACCAAAGUGUUCAAAAACACACUGAACCCCGUCUUCAACGAACAGUUCAACUUCCAGAUAUCCAAGUCCUCCCUCCUGAAGUCGACUGUAGUGAUGAAGGUGUUCGAUUUCAAUAGAUUCACCAAACACAACAUUAUUGGUGAGGUCAGCGUGGAGCUCUGCAAUGUCGACUGGCACCACGUCAUCGAGGAGUGGCAGGAUCUCGGUGAACCUGCCAAGUUUGAGGAGGAAGAGCUGGGAGAGAUCUGUUUCUCUCUGCGCUACGUUCCCACUGUUGGCAAACUGACUGUGGUGAUCCUGGAGGCCAAAAACCUGAAGUACAUGGACUUGGGAGGAUUCUCAGAUCCAUAUGUGAAGCUGCAGCUGGCUCUGGACAAGAGGAAGUGGAAGAAAAGGAAGACGUCCAUUAAAAAGAAGACGCUGAACCCGUAUUACAACGAAUCCUUCACCUUCGAUGUGUCAUUUCAACAAAUCCAGAGGGUGAACCUGGUCAUCUCCGUGUGGGACCACGAUGCCAUGACCCGAAACGACGCCAUGGGUAAGAUAUUCCUGGGCUGCGAUGCCACAGGGAACCAGCUGAGACACUGGGCCGACAUGUUGUCCAACCCGCGGCGGCCGGUCGCUCAGUGGCACAGCCUGCUGUCGGCCAAGCAAGUCAACUCCACGCUGGCUCUGAAAAAGAAGAUCCCCCUCCGCGACAAACUGCCCCUCUGAUGGAAAACACAGUGUGGUCCCUCUCUAAAUGAAGAGAUUUAAAUAUUGUUUCAAGAUCAUCUCUCAAAUUUCAGAUUAUUUUAUCUAUUUUAUUGAUUAUUGAUAUUUUGUAUUGUAAAUUAAAGAUGAACAAUUAUAUUUUAAUAACAAAUCAUAAAGCCAUAUUUUACUUUCAAACAUGAGCACUUUCCACCGGAAUGAACUGAAUCGUACCUCUAAACAAAUCCAGUUCCUUUAACUUGUGAAGAAUUCACUGUAAUUUGAAUUAAAUAUCAUGUCAUCUCAUGUGAUCAUUUACACGUGUCCAACUCUCAAAGCUUGUUAGUGAUCAUCAGGAUGUUUGUGGAGGAAAAGCCACUGAAAGAAUCCCUGCACUGGAUGCUCACCCUACAGAAGCUGAAAUGUGAGCUGUGUUCAUGGCUGAAGUGAAGAUUUAAUGUUGUGGAUUCACAUGUUCAGCAUUAGAAAAGAUUGGUUGUAAAUGUUUUUACCAUUGUACACAGUUAAGACUCAACAUCUGGACUAACAAGUGGUUUGCUGAUUUAACUGUUCUGCAAUAUUUUUGUGCUGGUUAUGAGAGCUGACAGAGGGAAAAUUAUAAGUACAUUUAGUGAAGCACUGUACCUAUAAAUUUGAAGAACUUGUACUUUAUGUAUUUUGAUUUUAUGCAACU